AUGCUGUCACGAAUUCCUUCGCACCCGCAUAGCGGGUACCCCAACUAUGCCGAUUACCACCCACAUCGAGAACUGCUAUCUCAGCCUCACUUGUCCAGCAUCCCGCACUCAAAUCAUGAGUCGAAGUCGCAGAUGUACGACGAGAUGAAUUUGCAAGCAGGGAGGAAGAGGACUGGAUCCGAGCUGGACAUGAAUGAUGCUAUGGACGCUCAUGGUGUCCGGCGCCGCAUCUCGCGAGCUUGUGAUCAGUGCAAUCAGCUAAGGACCAAGUGUGAUGGAAAGCAUCCUUGUGCGCACUGCACCGAGAAUCAAUUGCCUUGUGAGUAUGCACGGGCUCACAAGAAGCGUGGGCGAGCUCCGAAGAAGGACACAGAUCAGAACGAGGACGUCAAUGGGCAUCAAAAUAAUACCGGUACACACACAAAUGGCACGCAGCGGCCAACGAACCCUCGGAAAUACUCGACUACAUCAUAUGCUGGAACGGUUGACAAUACACUGCCAUCUAACAACACUCCUACAAGCGCAACAUUCGAUGGACCUCCACAGAACACCUAUUACAAUGGUUUCGAUCACACCACCAACAUGGCUUUGAAUCCUAACGGCCAAAUGUCUGCUAAUCAGAUCGUUAACGGUCAGAUCCCUCCAGCGCAAAUUCCCAAUAUGGAUCAGACCAUGAUGCCUCAGAUCGCCCAGCCCACAUUUCCAGUGCCGGACCAUCGUAGCUUUGCGGCUCAAAUGGAUAGCAUGCACAACUCUGCUGUGACAGGUUUUGGCUUUCCCCUAGGCGACGAUUACUCGGUGGCAUUUAUGGGGAAGGCGCCUAUGGUGGAAUCGCCUGACUGGCUGGCUCUAACAUCACCAAUGUACAUGACAGAACCGCCUCUGAAUCAGCCGCGACCCCCAGAUCAGCUAAAGUACCCGGUCUUGCGUCCACUCUUACCGCAUAUCGAGUCAAUCAUGCCGCAAGCUAUAGCAUGCGAACUGCUUGAGCAAUACUUUAACAGCUCGACAUCAGCAUAUUUGCGACCUUCGAAUCCAUACAUACUCGGCUAUAUCUUCAGAAAGAAAUCAAUCCUGCAUCAGACUGAGCCGCGGUCGUGUACACCAGCACUUCUGUCCAGUAUGCUCUGGAUCGCUGCCCAGACCAGCGACUCGGCAUAUUUGACAAGCCAACUCGAUAGCCGUGCACGAAUUUGUCAGAAGCUCUUGGAAUUGACAAUUAGUAUGCUCAAGCCACUGAUUCACAGCAACGGCAAUAGCAUCAAUCCAACGCCAAGUUAUCAACACCUCUCGGCUUCGGACGCAAGUCUAGCUGGAUUGGUCGUGCCGACAGACCGCGUUGGCAAUCAUGGUGUUGAUCGUGUUCAGAUUGACAACCUGGCAACCUACAUUCACCUCGCGACAGUCGUCUCUGCGAGUGAGCGUAAAGCCACUUCUCUGAGAUGGUGGAACGCAGCUUGGUCACUGGCCCGAGAGAUACGACUUGGACGAGAGCUGCCACCGAACCCGAGCUCAGACAAAGACGCGGACGAGCAUAAACCAAAGUUGGGCGACGUUGACCCCCGCAGAGGAUCUAUGGACGAGCCACGCCCUAAUACGCAGUUUGUAUGCGAAGAAGAACGAGAAGAGCGCCGACGGACCUGGUGGCUAUUGUACAUGCAGGACCGCCAUCUUGCACUUUGCUACAAUCGACCUAUGUUCUUCCUAAAUCGAGAAUGCGAAAACCUGCUUCAGCCCCUGGACGAUGAUAUAUUCCAGUCUGGUCGCUUCGACUCCGCACAUGAAUAUGGGUCACGACGUCGUGGUCUCAACAUUGAAUGCACAUCACAUUCAAUAUUCGGGUAUUUCUUGCCCCUAAUGGUGUUGCUCGGAGAGAUCUUGGACCUGAAUCACGCACGCAACCGGCCUAGAUUCGGCCCUCGUGCAAGUCGACCUCUUUCCUGGGACGAUUCGGUAGAAGAGAUUUCACAGGCACUGGAAGCGUUUGGCCAGUCACUACAUGAUUUCACUGCAGCGGGUGGACGUAUGCAAAAUUCAGACCAGAAUCCAGAUGCCGUAACGCCAUCCGUUGUGAGCACGAGCACUACCGAUUCAAGCGAGAUCUCUCUACAGACGCGAACAGCGGUCGCGUACAGCAUGCAUAUUAUGCAUGUGCUCCACAUCUUGCUCACUGGAAAGUGGGAUCCCAUUGCUCUUCUGGACGAUAACGACCUCUGGAUCUCUUCGAAGUCCUUCUACGCAGCAAUAAAUCAUGCCGUCGACGCUGCUGAUGCUGUGGGAGAUAUCAUUGACUUCGACCCGGACCUGAGCUUCAUGCCAUUCUUCUUUGGAAUCUAUUUGCUGCAAGGCAGUUUCCUGCUCCUGUUGUUUGCAGAUAAGAUGCAGCAUGGCAUGCCCGCCGAAGUCAAUUCUAAGGUGGUUCGAGCAUCCGAGACCAUUGUCAGAGCUCACGAAGUAUGCGUUGCUACCCUCGACACUCAGUAUCAAAGGAAUUUCAGAAAGGUUAUGCGUUCAGCAUUACAGCAAGUCAAAGGUCGCAUAUCAGACGACCUAGCGGAACAGCAGCAGUGGCGCCGAGAAGUUUUGGCCUUGUAUCGCUGGACUGGAGAUGGGACUGGACUGGCUCUAUGA